AUAAAGUCAGAUAUGAAGAGUCUGCAGUCUGGUGUAGCACACUGGGGAGGGAAGAUGGGCAACUGGAUAAUCAGUCAUGGGCUUAGUGCCUUCAUUGUGGUGGUGUGGAUGGGCAUCAACAUCUUUCUGUUUGUUUACUUCUACUUGUUCUAUGAUUUGGGACCACAAUUUGAGUACACACGUGAACUUUUAGGGGCUGCAUUGCCCUGGGCCAGAGCUCCAGCUGCUGUGCUCAACUUCAAUUGCAUGCUCAUUCUGCUGCCAGUAUGCCGCAACCUGCUGUCUCUGCUUCGAGGCUCCUUCGUGUGCUGUGGACGAACAAUGAGGAAACAGCUGGACAAAAAUCUGACUUUCCACAAGUUGGUGGCCUACAUGAUUGCCCUAAUGACAGCGGUUCAUACUGUUGCUCAUUUGCUUAAUGUGGAGUGGUACAGCAACAGUUUAGAAGGGCGAUAUGGACCUCUUGCAGAAAUUCUCUCCAUGCUUGAUGACUCCACUGAAUUAAAUACAACUUACUUGAAUCCCAUCCGAUCCGAUUCUAUGACUCCAACCAUCUUUGUUUUCACCACCAUUGCGGGUCUAACAGGAGUCAUCAUUACUCUUGCCCUUAUCCUCAUUAUCACUUCCUCUAUGGAAGUCAUCCGCCGAAGCUACUUUGAGGUCUUUUGGUACACACAUCACCUCUUCAUCGUUUUCUUCGCUGGCCUAGUUUUCCAUGGAGCAGGGCGCAUUGUGCGAAGUCAGCAAGUGACAGAUCCUCCUCACAACCAUUCCUUAUGCGAAGAUCAACCUGAAAACUGGGGGAAAAUUCCCGAAUGUCCAAUUCCCCAGUUUGCAGGAGGGUUUCCUCAGACCUGGAUGUGGGUGAUCGGACCAAUGAUAAUUUACCUUUGUGAACGACUGCUACGACUGCUUCGCUACAUGCAACCAGUCAGUUACAGAAAGAUUGUAAUUCGCCCAUCUAAAGUGUUGGAACUACAAUUGGUGAAGCCUGGUUUCAAGAUGGAGGUGGGCCAGUAUAUCUUCCUCAAUUGUCCAACCAUCUCCCAACUGGAGUGGCACCCAUUCACCAUGACGUCAGCCCCAGAGGAGGACUUCUUUAGUGUGCACAUUCGCUCAGCCGGAGACUGGACUGAGAAGCUCAUCCAACUGGUCGAAAACCUACCAGAGGGUGGGCAAGGACCCAAGAUCGCAGUGGAUGGCCCAUUUGGAACUGCCAGCGAGGAUGUGUUUGAUUAUGAGGUCAGCAUGCUGGUGGGUGCUGGGAUUGGAGUGACUCCAUUUGCCUCUAUACUAAAGUCCAUCUGGUAUAAGUUUAAAGAAUCCAACCCCAAACUACGAACCAAGAGGAUUUACUUCUACUGGUUGUGUAGAGAGACACACGCCUUUGAGUGGUUUGCAGAUCUUCUACAGGUCCUUGAGAGGGAAAUGGAGGAGAGAGAAAUUAAGGACUUCCUCACAUAUAAACUCUACCUUACCGGCUGGGACCAGAGCCAGGCAGACCAUGUAAUGGUGCAUUUUGACAAGGAUACAGAUAUCAUCACUGGCCUAAAGCAGAAGACCCACUAUGGUCGACCAAACUGGGAUAAGGAAUUUGAUGAAGUUCGGAAAGAGAACCCCUCGUCAGUGGUCGGAACAUUCCUGUGCGGCCCAGAAGCAUUGGCGACGGUCUUGGAGAAGAAAUGUGUCAAAUAUUCUGAUGUGGAUCCACGAAGGACCAAGUUUUACUUUAACAAAGAGAACUUUUGAGAAAAGCCUUUGAAAAAAAAAUACCUGAUUCGCUUGGACGACUGCACUUUGGAUGGUGCUCUUAUGCAGUGUCUUUGUAAUACCAAAUGAUUCCACCUUGUUUGAGAAUAAUUACAUCCUACUUCCUGACAAGUGAACAAAUUGUCUUCAGGGACACAUUCCAAGUCGAAAGUCCAUUCGUGUUUUGUACAGUUUGGCUUUUAGAGUGCCUGAUAAGUAAUGGAUGACCAAGAUUACACCCACACCUGAAUAAAUGGUGUUCGUAAAUGACUCAUGUGCACAGCUCCAAAAUUAGCAUGGCUAAAAGUUACUGAAAAGUUGUAAAAUUUCCUCUUUGACAGAGUUUCGAAAUCGCAAAAUGAAAUGCUGUUGUUUUUCUUUAAAACCAUGCAAUGUCAUAUCUUGGGUUAGUCAAUUGGUUGUAAUCUUUCAAGUCAAAACAACUUUAUUAUACUUGAACAAAACAUUUAAACGUGUACAUUGUAUAUUAUGUAUUUCUAAAUAGUUUUUGUAAAUAAAAAUGUAUCAGGGCAGGAAUUAUAACAUCUGCAAUGA